UGAUUAUGAUACUGGCCUGUUGCUAGGUUACCGCUUCCACACCUUUAGGCAGUAAGCUAUUAUUGCACUGUAUAGAGAGCUCGGCCCAGUGCUCUGGGCGGAAGCAGAGACGCUAGUGCUCGACCUACCGCCCGAGAACAAACCGGGUAAGAAACCCUUUCACCCCAAAGAAACAUUCUACUGUCAUUUCUUUGGUCACAUUGAAUCCAUAGUGAACUUGCCGGGGGCUGAAACCCAUUGGCAAGACACGUGCAAAGUCGAAUUUAGGGUCGCGCGGCGUCAGGAGCUGAGUUUUGAUAGUGGUACGGUAAAGAUGCUAGGAGACGCCUUGUAGCAACCUGGGCAAACAAGCUGUCACCUAGCAACAGCUGGCUUCCGGCAUGGCCUCGCCCCAGGACCCCAGAAGGGUGCUCUCGCAGCUCGCCAUGAGGCCCCGCCUCCGAGCCUGACGGUUUGCAUAUCACCAGGGCAACGGGGCGCGCGGGGACGCCCGGGCGGGACGCAAGGCUGGUCGCAGCCCGCACCGGCGCAGGCACGUCCGCCCAGCUGCGUCAGCGCUGGGUCGGCGAACAUGGCGGCAUCCGCGGCGGGCCUGGGCGGCGGUGCGGGCCCAGGGCUCGAGGCCGGGGACUUCCUGGCCCGGUACCGCCAGGUGUCGAACAAGCUGAAGAAGCGGUUCCUGAGGAAGCCGAACGUGGCGGAGGCUGGUGAGCAGUUCGGACAGCUGGGCCGGGAACUGCGCGCCCAAGAGUGCCUGCCCUACGCGGCCUGGUGCCAGCUGGCCGUGGCGCGCUGCCAGCAGGCGCUCUUCCACGGGCCCGGGGAGGCGGUGGCGCUCACCGAGGCCGCCCGCCUCUUCCUGCGGCAGGAAUGCGACGCGCGCCAGCGCCUCGCCUGCCCCGCCGCCUACGGGGAGCCGCUGCAGGCCGCCGCCAGCGCCCUGGGCGCCGCCGUGCGCCUGCACCUCGAGCUGGGCCAGCCGGCCGCCGCGGCCGCCCUCUGCCUUGAGCUGGCCGCCUCGCUGCGCGACCUGGGUCAGCCGGCCGCCGCCGCCGGCCACUUCCAGCGCGCCGCCCACCUGCAGCUACCGCAGCUGCCCCUGGCCGCGCUGCAGGCGCUCGGCGACGCCGCCUCCUGCCAGCUGCUGGCGCGCGACUACAAUGGCGCCUUGGCGAUCUUCACGCGCAUGCAGCGCCUGGCGCGCGAGCACGGCAGCCACCCGGCGCGGCAGCCUCUGCCCCUGCCGCCGCCGCCGCCGCCGCCGCCAGGGCCCCACCCGGGACCCGGCGCGGCCCCCGCGCUGCCCGCCGCUCUGCUCCCCCCGAGUGCCGGCCCUGCGGCUGCGCCUUCUCCCGCCGCGCUGGGCGCCUUCUCGGACGUGCUGGUCCGCUGCGAGGUGUCCCGCGUGCUGCUGCUGCUGCUCCUGCAACCACCACCUGCCAAGCUCCUGCCAGAGCAUGCCCGCACCCUGGAGAAGUACUCCUGGGAAGCUUUCGACAGCCACGGGCAGGAGAGCAGCGGCCAGCUUCCCGAGGAGCUCUUCCUGCUGCUGCAGUCCCUGGUCAUGGCUACCCAGGAAAAGGACACGGAGGCCGUCAAGUCACUGCAGGUGGAGAUGUGGCCGCUGUUGAGUGCGGAGCAGAACCACCUCCUUCACCUCGUUGUGCAAGAAACCAUCUCGCCCUCAGGACAGGGGAUCUGAUGCAUCAUGCUAACCAAGUGACUUUUGGCUUUUUACCAAACCUCACGUGCCCUUUGCGUUUGGCGUGGGGUAGCAGGCGGGGAAGAAAAGACACUGAUCUUGGCAGUCCUACCUUUAUCUUAUCCCUUUUGCCACCGUAGGAAUUUAGUUGACUGAAAGUUACCUGUAUCCCAAAGACUUACUUCCAUAAUAGUGGGAGGUAAAAACCAAUAUGAUAUAAUUGGAGUAGAGAACAUGACUCUCUGCCCCAAAAUUGCAACAUAAAAAUGAGAAUCCGUUUUGUCCCCUUCCUCUAUUUCCACCCAACUCAUUCCGCCCCCACCCCGCCCCCUGCAUCUUUGUUUCAUAGUAAGGACUUUAUUUUGCACAGCUCUGUCUAAAUACUUAAGCUAUAUGAGUUUGUUUUUUAAACAUCACUCUGAUUCCUUAGCGUUUUUCUAUGGCUAUCUACCCCAUACAUAUUCCUGGGAGUCAUUUGAUUACAUACAUCAUUGUUGCUACAGCCCUAAAUCCAUGAUAAAGCCAUUCUAAUACUC